AUGCUAGCUCUAUUUAUCUACCCACCACAGUGGCUGGAGCUGACGGGGCAGCUGUCGUCUGACUACCCCCUCCUACCUGGUGAGAAGCCUCCUCAGGUGCGACGCAGAAUUGGAGCCACCUUUAGGCUGGACGAGCAGAGUCUCCUGGAGAGGACUGAGCCCUCGGCCCUGAGAGCGGUGGAGGCGGAGUUGGGUCUGCAGCAGCAGAUCGUGGUUGCAGCGCGCGGCCUGGUCCAGGAGGGGGCGCUAAACAAGGCGGUCAGGAGGAGCCGGCAGCAGCAGUGCCGUGUGGAGGAGAGCAAACUCAAGCAGCUGCAGGACCUCGUCUUCCACCUGCGCAUGCAGCAUGGACGCACCUCACCGCACCCCGCUAUGGCAGCACAGAGAGAUCAUGCGAUAUCAGAUGACAGCUCCGUAGCAGACUCUGCUGUGCUGGACGAUGCACACCAGCACAGGAGAGAGCCAGUCAGGCGUCUCAGCCAUCGCUGGAGCUGCCGCCCCUUGAGUCCGCACCUGUCUCAGGCCCCGCCCCCCACCACACACACACACACACACACACACACUCCCCCUCAGACCCUGGCUCUCCGCGCAUCCCACAACCACCUGCCUAGCCCCACCAGAAGCCCCUCCCUAAACCACUCCCAUAUCACAUUAAGCCCCUCCCUAAACCACUCCCACAUCACAAUAAGCCCCUCCCUAAGCCACAAUCACACCAUAUUGAGCCCCUCCCCAAGUCACUCCCAUGUCACAUUAAGCCCCUCCCCAAGCCACACCCAUAUCCUGACCAGCCCCAUCCCAAGCCCCGCCCCUUCCCCAAGCCCCUCCCAUCGCACACAUAGCCCCUCCUCCAGCCUCUCCCUCAGCAUUGGGGGGGUCGAGGAAGAUGACCGCCCCCCCAUCGAGAACUCGCCCUGGGCAGAGUCCAGCCUGGACCAGCCCUAUGAGAAGAUCAAGAAGAAGCGCUCCAGCAGCCGCAGAUCCAACAGUCCAGCCGUGACGCCCACUCUCCCCCCCCUGGAGCUGUGUGUGUGUGUGGAGGACAGCAGUAGGCCCCUCCCCCUCCCCUCACAUGUGAGAGCCACCCAGUCCAACAGCGCCCCCUGUACUCCAGAACUGCAGCUGCGCCGUGGCCUCUCCCUCAGGCUUCCUAGCUCAGGAUACGAUGUGGAUCAGGAUCGCGGGCGUUCCCGUUUCCCGCGGCGACGGGUGACAGACUUGGGCAUGUCGCCUGAAUACUCGCCCCUGCAUGUUGGCGUGGGAAACCCGCUGUACCACUCCAGUUCUGAGGACAGUGCGUCGGAGCACCUGGGCGCUCACGACCCCGUGACCAACUCUCCGCCGGCCUACGGGCACCCCGACCCCUACGGCCACAACCCCAACGAUCGCUACGCCCACCCCCCCAACGAUCGCUACGCCCACCCCCCCAAUGGCUUCUACCGAAACCCCCAGCACCAGUCAACGCCCACCUUCUCCAGAGGGUGCCCCCCCCAUGGGAGAGCGUACGCCCCCGAGGCCGGUCGCCAUGACUACUGGUACGAGCCGGCCCCUGUGACGUUGCCAGCGCACGUGCGUGUGUCUCGGGCACCCUCGCUGAGGGAGUACCCAGCGCACCACCCGCCGUGCCACCCAGCGCACCACCCUGCCCUCCACCCUGCCCUCCCGCGCCAGCUGGUGUCGGAGCAGCUCAAGUCCUGGCACCAGCGGCAGCAGCUGCAGCGGCCGUCUCGCCCGCGCUCACUGGACCGCCAUCGCCAGGGCGCACUGCGCAUCCGCAACUCCACUGGACGAGACUCCCCGCUAGCCCUGCAGCCACGCCGCCUGGACCAGCCCCCUCAGACAGGCCUGGCUCCAAGGGUGGUGGACCAGAACAGUGGGCAGUGGACAACGGAGGACGAUGCCCUCAUCAUCAGCCAGGUGUGAGCAGCCUGGAAUCUGUGUGUGUGUGUGUGUGUGUGUGUGUGUGUGUGUGUGUGUGUGUGUGUGUGUCUUAGGGGUGCGGUCAGACAACCAUAUUUAUUAGAUUAUUUAUUGAGCUACUGGCUACUGGACAUGGCUACUCCACAAGCAACAGAUCCAUCUCCCAGGGCAACAGAACCUCCUCCUGAGACAACAGAACCAUCUCCCAGGGCAACAGAACCUCCUGAGACAACAGAACCAUCUCCCAGGGCAACAGAACCUCCUCCUGAGACAACAGAACCAUCUCCCAGGGCAACAGAACCUCCUCCCGGGGGCCUGAAGUGAAGAGCUUCUGUCCUUUACUGUGAAAGGCAGCGGUACGAGCACAGAUGCCAUUAGAAUAGACUUUUGUAUAGAUGCACAUUUUUCAGUUUUGUAUGUUUUCUAAGAAGAAUCUAUUUGUAACUAAAACCGUGAGCUUUGGUUUGUGCCUCACACCUGCUGUCCGAGUGAAAUAAAGACACCUGUGAUUCCAGAUGA